AACUUAACAGACAGAUACAGAUAUCUUCUGUCCCUCCUCACCUACACACACACACACACACACACACACACACCUACACACACACCCAUGAAUGCAGCAUCUGGACUGCUCUCUCCUCACUGGAUCUUUGGAAACUUUAGAAAUCACUUAGAGUCCGUGUUGCACUUUUCAGACAGAUGUUUUCAGUUUGACCUCCUCCUCCUUCCACACGUCUGUUUGUCCCUAAUUGUUCAGGAUGUCCCCAGACAUUGGUGCCUGAGGAGGAGAAGAGGAUGGGGUCAGACGGGAGGGACAUACAUCCAGUGAUAUGAGUGAUAUCUACAGGGCCAAAUCACCAUAAGCUGCUUUUCUCUCAACACAACUGUAGCAUGACUCGCUACUACCAAGGGUUCACUCAGCACAACGCAACAUAAAGGGUAAAGUAAUUACACAUUGAGUAGCAGCUGAGAUCAUCAACUCACCUGGUGCUGCUCUCACAAUCCUUCCCCACACCUCUCUCUCCUGCAGCUGAGUGCAAACCACACCCACCUUCACAGCAACUUUUCAGUCCUUAAGUGAACAAGUGAGAGUACAACACUACAUCACUUUUUUUCAAUGCAGCAGAGAGGAGGAAGGAAAAUCACCACGUCUCUUCAUCCGCAGCCUGCAAACCCAAAUCUGGUCAGUGUGUGAAUCGGUCUCGGCUGCUGUCUGAAAAGGAGUAUGAACUGCAGCGGCCCCUUUCCAACGCAUUUCUGUUCAGUACUUAACUGACGUCAGUGUCUUCAGAAGACACUGAGGAAGAUGGUGACCAUGAGGAGGAUCCUCCAUGUGAAGGGAGAUGUGAUGUGCACGAUGCUGCUACUGGUGUUAUUCUGCCUGCUGCUCUAUGCCCGCCAGGUGGUGCUUUCCUCUGGGUGGGACAGACCCAUGUGGAAGUUGGAAAUCCAUGGCUCUACCAGCUCCAGCAGGACCCUGCUGGGCACCAGUGGGGCCAAAGUAGGCCAGGAGCCCCCUGGGCAGUUCCUAUCCAGCCCUUCAGAGUCACAGCUGCCUCCCUGCAAGCCCCAGUCCAAGUCUAAACCUCCUCAGCUCAAGUCCAAACCUCAGGCCAGAUCUAAGGGGAAAUCCAAGUCGCGUCAGAAGAAUGUUGCGCCCACUAAGACCGCUGGCAAGCCCCUGCCCACGAUGCCACCAUUUGACUUUGAGGGCUAUCUGAGAGAAAAGGACAACAGAGACUUUAAGAUGCUCAUAGACCAGCCAGAGAAAUGUCACAUUGGAGGAGCAGAGGAAGAAGCUGCUCCCUACAUGCUUAUUGCCGUGAAAUCUAUCGCUGCAGAUUUUGACAAACGUCAGGUGGUACGUCGGACCUGGGGGAAAGAGGGACUUUUCCAAAAUGGCGUAUCCAUCCGAACGGUUUUCCUGCUGGGGGUUCCCAGGAAUCGCACCGCUCUUCCUCUGUGGGACCGGCUCUUGACCUACGAGAGUCAAACCUUCAGGGAUAUCCUGCUCUGGGACUUUGACGACACCUUUUUCAACUUGACGCUGAAGGAAACACAUUUUCUAAAAUGGGUCAACAGCAGCUGUCCUCAUGUCAAGUUCAUCUUCAAGGGUGAUGCCGAUGUGUACGUUAACGUGGAGAAUAUACUAGAGAUGCUACAAGGUCAAAAGCCUGACGAGGAUCUGUUUGUUGGUGAUAUUAUAAUCAACGCUAAACCCAUUCGCCGGCGCAGUUCCAAAUACUAUGUGCCAGAGUUUAUUUAUGGAGUGGGUUUGUAUCCGAAUUACGCUGGAGGAGGAGGGUUUGUCAUGUCGGGGCAUACGGCUCGGAGACUAAGCUCAGCCUGUCAACAGGUGGAGUUGUUCCCCAUUGAUGAUGUCUUUCUGGGAAUGUGCCUCCAGCUGAUCGGCAUCAAACCAUUGCGCCACCAGGGCUUUCGGACCUUCGGAAUUCCCCGUCCGUCUGCAGCGCCCCACCUUCAGACGUUUGACCCGUGCUUUUACAGGGAGCUCAUGGUUGUUCACAGCCUCAAUGUUCCUCAGAUCUGGCUCAUGUGGAACCUCCUGCACGACCCCAAACUGACCUGCCACAACAGGACCAACCCGACAUCCCAGCCCUUUAAGUGGAAGGGGAGGGUGGGAGAAGCCGAGGGAGAAGAGACGGACUACGGCGAGAAGCAGGUGUUUGUCACGCAUUAGUGACUCUGGUUAUAGAGCAGGAUCUGCGGCCAACUUGAAAGGCUUGCGAUGCGUUCAAAAGCACAGUUGAGUAAAGUGAGACUUUAUCCAAGCUGGCAGAUCAUCUCUGGGGAAAUGAAUUGGCAAAUGUGCUUCAGAUUUUUCAGUGAGGAAGGCCAAAGAGAAUUUAGGCUUUUGCCAUCUGAGCCCAUCUUUAUGUUCAUACUGUGUUUGUGAACAACCACACAGCAAGACCUUGCAAAGAAGAUUGUGUGAUGACUUGAAUCUUACUGGACUUUUGAAUGUGUAAUCUUCAGAAUUGUAUGUGUGUUGUGUGUAUUGUUUACACAGAGGUACGGUAAGACCCACGAGGAACGCGGUUAGCUGGUUUAACCUUGUGUGUUUCUGAGACCACAACACUGUUAAUAUUGGGACUUUGGUUGGACGGUGUGGACAGCCAGGACUGCCAGUGGCCGUGUGUGCUGCGUGAGUAGAAAGACUGCAGAGGCUUUUUGUGUUCUCAUCGUGACUCACAAGCAGAGAUGUCCCUCACUUCCUUCCCUCCUUAUGCUGGAUAGAAACACAAAUGGACAGUCGCAUUAUCUGUUCCCUGGAGGAACAACAAAUGAACCUAAAUGGAAACCAGCUGCACACUGGGAACCAGCUGGGACCAUAGCGCGUGCACACACGCGCACAGAACCUCUUGUGAAUGUUUGUGGAAAAGCCAGGCAUGUGUACUUUCAUGUGAACAGUUAUCACUAUAAUUAUAAUGAUUUGUUUUGUGAAAUGAUGUGUUUUCCUCUGCAACGCUUUAUAUCUUUACCCUCAUCUGUUUUCAAAAUGUUAAAAAUACUGCAAGGUAGAUUUAUGCUGACAAACAUAAUCAACUGCAUUCAGACAGCAAAACAUGUUCACAGAUCUUAGACAUAAACUUAUUUGUGAUUGCUCAACGUGCUCAUGUGCUCUGGACUUUUCCAUUGUAACACGGCUCUAUGCACUGUUUGUCUGCCCUCCACCUUUAACAUAAAAACUUGAUAGACAUUCAUGAACUGUAAAAACUGGUGAUCCCCUGACUUUUGAUUUAGCACUAACCUCAAUUAAAGUUUAAAAAUGAACUUGUCCAAUGAUAUUCCCAUCAGCUUCAGCUGUACUUUCACUUUGGCCCUAAACAGCAAAUGUUAGCAUGCUUAGCUGAGACACGGAUAACGCUAUCCCCACUUGAUGAUUGGAGUAAAAUAGAUUUAAAAAAAAAAAAGAAAUUAAGCAAUUACAGCUUGCACAGAAUUUGAAAUUAAUCAUUUCAAUUUUGCACUCAACUCGUGGGUGCAAACAUUUUUAAACAUCAACAAGCUAAUUUGAUUUUAGAUGUUUAAAGGACCAGUGUGUAGGAUUUGUACGGUUUGCAAUUCCCUCGCUUCACCCUCCCCUUUCAAGCGAGGUGGCAACGAAACGCACAAAAGAAGCGAAAGGCUCUACCUAGAGCUCGGUCAUGGACUACUGUAAAAACAUGGUGGUUCAACAUGGCGGCCUCCAUGG